AGAAAUUUCAAGGCCAAAAAAAUGAGUGACGAAAUGGACAAUGAUGGCGCUAGUAACAAUGAGGACGAGUUGUUCGAUGAGGAAGCAAAUGCAGUGCUUAUUGAAGAACUGAAAAAAGCAGUGGAUUUGGAGCCACGAGAUUAUGAAAGUCGAAUGAAGCUGAUAGCUGCACUGCGCAGAAGCGGCGAACUGGAAGCUUUGCGUGAUCAGCGUGAAUGCAUCUCCAAAUUAUACACUAUGCCACCGCAAUUCUGGAUGCUCUGGAUUGAGUAG